GAGUGAACAAAUAAGCGCGCCAAAUUCGCAUCCUAAUUCUCUUCUGCUGCCAACACGCAACACCCUCCUAAUUUCGUGUUAUUUUUUCUCUCUCUUCAACUUCCCCUCGCUCUCUCUCUCUGGUGCCUCUGAUGAUUUCCAAACUGUGCAAACACAAUUUCAUGUCAUUUCCCCCACAAAAAUAUGUGCUCAGAUUUCCGCUGUUGAUUCACCGUGAAUUUCAUGUGGAUCAGUACUGAUUUCUCCUUUCUAAUCGUCUCAGAAUUUAUCAGCCAAUCAAAGAGCCAGGGAAAAAGGAAAAUCAUUUCGCUUUUUUGGGGGGUGGAAGGGGAAAAUUUAGAGAUCAAGUUUAGCAUUGUGUUUUGAAUUUCGUUAAUGAUUGGGCACGAAAGAUCAGUGCAGUGGCAUCAUCUAUGAAGACUAUGCGGACGAAAAGUAGGUUUUUUGGGUGGAUACCUGAGAUUUGUUUCAGAUGGAAUGGCAGAUCUUGCUAGUUAUGGCAACCCUGAUCGCGACAUUGACCUGGCACUGAUAGCUUUGAAGAAAGGAACACAAUUAAUCAAGUACAGCAGGAAAGGGAAGCCUAAAUUUUGUACAUUCAGACUUUCUCCUGACGAAACAACACUAAUUUGGUAUUCUCAUGGAGCAGAAAGGCAUCUAACGUUAUCUUCUGUUACACGGAUUAUUCCCGGACAGAGAACCCCAGUUUUUAGAAGAUUUUUGCGCCCAGAGAAGGAUUACCUGUCAUUUUCUCUGAUCUAUAAUAACGGAGAUCGAUCUCUCGAUUUGAUCUGCAAGGACAAAGUUGAAUCUGAGGUGUGGCUUGCUGGCCUGAAGGCUUUAACAUCGACCGGCCAAUUACACGGCACGGGCGACACCACCCCGCCAGAACCCCGGCCUUUCGCAGCAACACUAGAGUUCACGUCCAGCAUCCCGCGUGGCAGGUUCAGCACCGACUCCAACUCUUUCGCCGCUUCAAGCUCACAUGCAGCCUCGGGGCCCACGUCCCCAAACAUGCAGCUCAGAACAAGUGGUGCCGAUGGCUUCCGCAUCAGCGUUUCGAGCACGCCCAGCUGCUCGAGCCAGGGCUCCGGCCCCGACGACAUAGAGUCCCUCGGCGACGUCUACCUCUGGGGCGAGAUCUGGUCCGACGCCGUCCCCGCCAAGGCCGACGUCCUCACCCCCCGCUCCCUCGAGACCAACAUCGUCCUCGACGUCCACCAGAUCGCCUGCGGUGUCCGCCACAUCGCCCUCGUCACUCGCCAAGGUGAGGUCUUCACUUGGGGCGAAGAGUCGGGCGGGCGCUUGGGCCAUGGAGUCGAGCGCGACUUCACCCGACCCCGCCUCGUCGACUCCCUGGCCGUCACCAACGUCGAGUCCGUCUCAUGCGGUGAGUUCCACACCUGCGCGCUCUCCUCGUCCGGCGACCUCUACACGUGGGGCGACGGGACCCACAACGUCGGCCUCCUCGGCCAUGGCAACGACGUCAGUCACUGGAUCCCAAAGCGCGUCUCCGGAGCCCUCGAGGGCCUCCAGGUCCUCUCGGUGGCGUGCGGCACCUGGCACUCGGCCCUCGCCACCUCGUCCGGGAAGCUCUUCACGUUCGGGGACGGGAUGUUCGGCGCCCUCGGCCACGGGGACCGCGAGAGCGUCACCUACCCCAAGGAGGUCCACUCUCUGAGCGGCCUCAAGACGGUGGCCGUCUCAUGCGGCGUCUGGCACACGGCCGCCAUCAUCGAGGUGUCUGGCGCGGCGGGCCCCAGCGCGGUGGCCGCCUCGCGGAAGCUCUUCACGUGGGGGGACGGGGACAAGUACCGGCUCGGGCACGGGAGCAAGGAGACGUACCUCCUCCCGACGUGCGUGUCGGGCCUCAUCGACUACAACAUCCAGCAGAUCUCGUGCGGCGCCAACAUGACGGUCGCGCUCACAAACUCGGGCCACGUCUUCACGAUGGGCAGCAACGCCCACGGCCAGCUCGGGAACCCGCAGGCGGAGGGGAAGUCGCCCGUCCUCGUCCAGGACCGGCUCGUGGGGGAGUUUGUCGAGCAGAUCUCGUGCGGGUCCCACCACGUGGCCGUCCUGACGCUGCGUAGCGAGGUCUUCACGUGGGGCCGAGGGGCCAACGGGCGGCUGGGCCACGGGGACGCGGAGGACCGGGGCUCCCCCACGCCGGUCGAGGCCCUCAAGGACCGGCACGUGCGCAACAUUGCGUGCGGGUCGAACUACACGGCAUGCAUAUGCAUCCACAAGUGGGUGUCGGGGGCCGACCAGUCUGUCUGCACCGCGUGCAGGCAGGCUUUCGGGUUCACGAGGAAGAGGCACAACUGCUACAACUGCGGGCUCGUCCACUGCCACGCGUGCAGCUCGAAGAAGGCGAUGAAGGCGGCACUUGCCCCGAUGCCGGGUAAGCCGCACAGGGUUUGCGAUGCUUGCUACCUGAAGCUGAAGAAGGCGGCCGAAGCUGGGAGCCAGCUGGCCAUAAACAGGAGGCAGUCGGUCCACCGCGGCUCGGUGGAUUUCAGCAAUCGGCACGAACGGCCCGAAGUGAGGGGCUCGCGGGUGCUGCUGUCACCUACGGUGGAGCCAGUUAAGUAUCUUGAGAUCAAGUCAGGGGUGGCAGGGGGCAGGUCAGAUGACUACUCUAUUGUCCGGGCCUCGCAAGUGCCAUCCUUGUUGCAGCUGAAGGACAUUGCUUUCCCGAGUUCACUUAGCGCACUGCAGUAUGCUCUGAAGCCCGUGAUCACGUCUGGUCCACAACAGUUGCAGCAGCCCACGACAGCGUACCAGUCGAGCUCAAGGCCCGCGUCACCCUACUCGAGGAAGCCUAGCCCACCACGCUCGGCGGCCCCUGUUUUCUCGAGGGGCAUCAAGAAUUUGAAACAAAAGAGUGAAGCUCAAGAUGUGGAAAUUCACAAGUUGAAGGAAACUGCUGACGCAGCAAACGAGUUGGCUGCAGAUAGAUCUUCCGUGUGCGUUAGAGCUAUGCGAGCUGUCAAGACCAUCAAGGAUCAAUUGAAGGAAAUUACGGACAAAAUACCUCCCGAGAUAUCAGAGAGUGAGUCUUUCAAGAACAUGCAAGCCCAAGUCGAGUCACUUCUCGACAAAAUCGAGCCCCAAGCACUUGAUGAUAAUCCCACUUUGCCUCCAGAACCAUUACCUGACCAACAGCAUAACCAUUCGUCAGCGUGUGAAGCAAAUCACAGAGAAGAUCACAGAACAGAAGAUAGUAAUGCCAAUGGGACUCAACAGGAAACAGGUGAUGCAUCCGUCUCUCAAACACAAGGUACAAGUCAAUCAAGCACGGAAAAUGGGUCAGGAACAGGACAAAGGGAAGUUAUCGAGCAAUUUGAGCCAGGUGUUUAUGUGACGGUCAUUCAACUGGCCAAUGGCACCAAGCUCUUCAAGCGGGUUAGAUUCAGUAAGCGAAGGUUCGACGAGCAUCAGGCAGAAGAAUGGUGGAAAGAAAAUAAGGACAGGCUACUGAGAAGGUACAGUCUAGCUAGACCAACUAAGGCAUCAUCUGCAGAAUCAGCCGCAAAUGAAGAUAGCCAAUCCACAUAGGAAAACAGAGAUAACGAAUGAGACAAAAAGUUUUUCAUAGGAUGAAUGUACAUUUGAUUCAUUAGUCUGGAUAGAGAGAUAAAGCUUAGCGGGGUAUUUAUAGUUGAAAAGGCUGCCAUAUAGAAUGUUGAAUCUCGAAGCCAUNUCUU